CAUAUGUGAAAUUAUGCUGAAGGAAAGAAAAAAAUAUAUAUAGAUGCUUUAAGUUAGCAGAGAUUAUCCAUGCAAGCAUUUACAGUAUGCUGCAAUACAGCCAGGUUAAUCAGUAAGCUACAUAUAACCUCUGUUCAGUCACACCUUGACAUGUGCGAUAUACAAGGAAACUGAUAUUCAGUCUCUUAUUGAACGCCAAGGCACAAAUCGUUCUGUUAAAAGGAUCUUUAUUGGAAAUUAGAGUACUGUCAACAAACAUUUCAACCUCCCAGAAGUAAAAAUUUAUAGGAUCGCAUAUUCUUUUGAUCACAGAAAUGAUCAGGACGAGCAAGACAAAAGGUCUCCAUUCUGUGCACACAAAUUCUGCAGACCAUGAUUCCCAAGACCCUUCAUUCUCUUCUCCAUACAACCAUGUACAGUUUCCUUCUGUCCACCACUCAAUGACUUUGUCAUCAUCAUCAUCCCCGUACCACUUGAACUCAAACUAUUACUCACAACAUGCAGAGGAGUGGUGCUCCAGUGGAAUUUAUGAUCUCAAGAGAAUACCAUCAGAGAACCUAUAUGCAAUAGACACUGAUGUAAUAGAUUUGCCAGCAGCCAAGAAGCACAGGGUUAGUCCCCGCGUUGGAAAGGUUAAAGGAGACGAGCUGUGCGUUGUGUGUGGAGAUAAUGCGUCAGGAUAUCACUACAAUGCAUUGACUUGUGAAGGAUGUAAAGGUUUCUUCCGUAGGAGUAUUACUAAGAAUGCAGUUUAUAAGUGUAAAAAUAGUGGGAACUGUGAAAUGGACAUGUACAUGAGGAGAAAAUGCCAAGAGUGUCGGCUACGCAAGUGUAAACAGAUGGGAAUGCUUGCUGAAUGUUUGUUAACAGAAAUACAAUGUAAAUCAAAACGACUAAGGAAAAAUGCGAAGCCUCCGUCUGAGCAAUCGUUUCAUGAAGACAAUGAUGGACAUGAAACAAAACAAGUGACGUCUACCACAAAGACAAAUCAGGAGAACAUGGAACUUACACAAGAACAGAUGGGCCUUCUCCAGUAUGUCAUGGAUUCACAUCUGAAACAUCGGCUGCCUCAGAGUCUGGCUACAAGAUUGAUUUUGCAGGAAGACGUGGGCAGUGAUGACAACUUUGUUUUCCUCACAGAGAUGGCUACAAGGCAUGUUCAAAUACUUGUUGAAUUCACAAAAAAGUUACCAGGUUUUCAGACAUUAGACCAUGAAGAUCAGAUUGCUCUGCUGAAAGGUUCUGCAGUGGAAGCAAUGUUCCUGCGCUCAGCAGAACUCUUUAACAGAAAGUUGUUUGAGAGUCAUACAGACAUCUUGGAAGAAAGAAUCCGGAAGAGUGGGAUAUCGCAUGACUACAUAAACCCAAUGUUUAAUUUCUACAAGAGUGUUGGGGAGCUUAAGAUGGUAGAAGAGGAAUAUGCGCUUCUUACUGCAGUGGUGAUAUUAACACCAGAUCGACAGUAUCUCAAAGACAAAGAGUCUGUAGAAAAACUCCAGGAAACAUUUCUACAUGUCUUGGAGAAGAUCUGCAAGCGCCACCAUCCAGACAACCCUCAGCACUUUGCUCGUCUGCUGGGACGUUUAACAGAGUUAAGGACAUUCAGCCACCACCAUGCUGAUAUGCUCAUGUCUUGGAGAGUCAAUGAUCACAAAUUUACACCACUUCUCUGUGAAAUCUGGGAUGUACAAUAAUCAUUGCUUGAUAGGGUUCACAAACAAUUAGUAGCAUUAAAUGUUACAGAACACAUUCGUUAGUGUUAACCAUGCUUUUAUUUUUAUAUAAACUGUCACAAACCCAUCACUGUGUGCACAGAUUACAGAACAUUUCUUCUGCGUUAUGGCCCGUAUACCUAGGAGUGAAAACUGCCAUAUUACCAUAGGCUUCUGAAUUCUCCAUAACAAGGCAUACUCACACUUAUUUAUUAACGCAAAUAUGCAGAGAAAUACCAUUCUGAGUAAAUAUAUUAAGCCAUGCCUUCAGACUUUACUGUCUAUUGAGGGCAUUGAAAUAGCCAAUAAAUCCGACGAAUAUAUAUAAAUUA